CUGAUAAGUGCAGCAAGCAGGUGCUUGUAUCCUCAAAUUAAUCUUGUUCGAAACUUCAACGUCAUGUCUUCAGUGUCUACACAAGACUUGAUGACUCCAACUUAUGAAAAAGGUCGAGAGAGCAACAUGGAGAAGGAUCUCAAUGUGAAGAAGAGAGGACGAAAGGACAGUGAUGUUGCAGGAGCACCCAUGAAAAAGAUCAAGGGUUGCAACAUCACUCCUUCCACUGAACCCUGCAACACGGUGCAGGACGAUGUCAAUGUGAGAAAGAGGAGGGCUGGUGACGAUGGAAAGAUGCCCAGCAAAAAAAUGAGGCCUAGUGAAGGGUCCGUGGAGAAUUUCAAAAAACAGUGGGGCAAAAGAAAGGCCAGUGUUGACGCAGGGACAUCUGAAAAAAAGAUGAGGUGUAGCGACAGCAACAGCAUCACUGUGUCCAGCCCCACUGAAUCGAGCACUAAUGAACCCGGCUCUGCUGGAUCUGGCGCUACUGGAUCUAGUUCUAGUGAAUCCAGUGCUAUGGAAUCCAGCUCUACUGGAUCCAGCGCUACUGGAUCCAGCACUACUGGAUCCAGUUUUAGUGAAUCCUGUGAGAAAGCGAUAGACAACGGGAGGUAUGAUGACAUCAGUCAUAUCUUUGAAGACUCCUCAUCGCAAGAGGAAAAAAUCUUUGAGAUGGCCUCCUCCGGAAACUCAAGUAGAGCUGAAUUUGAGGACAAGUAUCUCCAGGAUGCCCCAAUUGGUUCGGGAGGCUUUGGCUCAGUGUAUGCCGGCUUCCGUAAAGAAGACUGUUUACCAGUGGCGAUCAAGCACAUUCCAACAAAUAUUGUGAGGCGCAAACGAGUGGUGUGCAAUGGGAAGGUAUUUGACAUCAUUCUCGAGGUGGCCUUCAUGCUCAAGACUGCAGGUCUACCAGGAUCAGUUGGACAGUCCGCUGCAAUAUCCCUUCUGGACUGGUACACUCUGGAAAAUGAGUUAAUCCUGGUCUUGGAGAGACCAGCCUUCUCCCUGGACCUCCAAAAGUACCUUAAAAUCAGUGGAGGCUCCCUGCCGGAACAUGAGGCCAAGAUGAUCCUGAAGCAGCUGGUGGACGCAGCCAUUGAUGUGCACACCAAGGGUGUCUUUCACCAGGACAUCAAGUUAGAAAACACCCUGAUUCAGUGGUCUUCAACUGGUGCCCCAAGACUCCGGCUUAUUGAUUUUGGCUGUGGCAGCUUUUCAACGGAGAGGUCUUACUAUUCCUUCUGUGGUACCCCUGCAUAUGCCCCUCCAGAGUGGUUUGACUGUCACAUAUACUGGGCCCGUCCCACCACGGUUUGGCAGCUGGGCGCACUGUUCUAUUCGUUACUGGAUGGAAGAGAGCAUUUUUCGACUACAGACUUCAUCAACAACCACAUUAAAAUCAACAGUGCGCUGUCCCAAGACUGCAAGACUUUGUUGCACAUGUGUCUGGCCAGAGAUCCAACGAAGCGUGCCACUCUGCAGGAGCUACAGUGUUGCCCUGCCCUCCAAUAACCCAGCCCUCCACCCACCUAAGGCCUCCUCUUCAAUAAAGGAUCUUCAGGUGCGUUCCUCCCAUCACCCCACAUUCUCAAUGUCAGUACGGCACCACACACAAUCUCCAUUCAUUCAUUCGAGGAAACAGUUAGCAUUGAACAAUACUCUGUGAUGUCUGUUUUUUGCAUGAAAUCCUGGUGACUGUUUCUCUUCCUGCUGGGAUGCAUUGGAGCCCACCUGACCUCCAUCACUGUCUGCUGUGUGCCCUGCUGCGUCCUUGGAAAUGGAACAUUAACACUAGAGAGGAAACUGGAAAAAACACAGCAACAACAAAAAUGGAUCCUGUAGCCGUCCAGCCACCCAGCCGUCUGUGUAGAGGAGAGCUCUCCAAUUUCCAUACAGGCUCAGGAUUUUGGGGAGUUUUUCCACGUCUUCUUAAAGCGCCUGGGCUGGGUCAGGAACUAUAACUGAUGUUCAAUCUAAAAAUAAAUAAAUUUUCAGUUAAUGUGGUGGUGUGAAUUCUAAGAAAGGCUGUGUCAGAGCACUGUCAGUGAGUGUUUACGAGACACUUCUUGAGUAUAGAAAGAGCUUUAGAAAUGUACUAAGCACAAAUCAUGCUAAUUUAGGCUGCUAGGUGAUUUCUGUCCAACAUGUUUAAAGCUAUCUGGUUUACUGUACUCAUGAAGAAACAGAAGUGGCCACUUACAGUUAAGCACAUCCUAUGAAGAAACAUUUCACACUUUCUAUUUCUGAAAGAAUUUGCUGGAAGCUGUCUGUUUAAAACCUCAGCAAAAAUGUAAGCAGCUAUGAUUUCACCAGCAUAAUCUCUAAAGCAAGGGAUCUCUGUCUGUUUGUCUGUACGUAUGUGGGUUUGUCCUUUGUGUAUCUUGAGAACCAUUCAUCUGAUCUACUUAAUACCUGGCAGGU